AUGGAACCCACUCCCUGCUGGUCACAGACGCCAUCGAUCUCGGCCGGCCUGACCCUCCCCGCUCCUUACUACCGCCCGGAGGAGGAUGACGAGCGGCCCUUCAUCUGCUCGCUGGCCACAGAGAACGGGAUCAUGUCGUGUAAGGACGUGCCGGCUCGGAGAGAGGGCGGCCGCACCUGCUGCUUGGACAAAGAGGACGCUCUGCACCGGCACGCGCUGGGCCUGAACCCGGACCCUUCCUUCAACGGCAGCGCGGGGGAGGCCCUGGGACUCUGCAUCAACUGGAACCGAUACUACACGCGCUGCCACACCGGCCACGUCAACCCGCACAAGGGCGCCAUCAACUUCGACAACAUCGUCUACGCCUGGAUUGUUAUUUUUCAGGUGAUCACUCUGGAGGGCUGGGUGGAGAUCAUGUAUUAUGUGAUGGACGCACACUCCUUCUACAACUUCAUCUACUUCAUCCUGCUCAUCAUCAUCGGCUCCUUCUUCAUGAUCAACCUGUGCCUGGUGGUCAUCGCGACGCAGUUCUCGGAGACCAAGCAGCGCGAGCACCAGCUGAUGCAGGAGCAGAGGGCCCAGUGCCUGUCCUCCUCCACCCUGGCCAGCAUGACGGAGCCGGGGGACUGCUACGAGGAGAUCUUCCAGCUGGUGUGCCACAUCCUGCGCAAGGCCAAGAGGAGGUCCGCCGCGCUCUACUACAGCCUCCGCGGACUGACCCCUCCGGCCUCGGCGGGGAGGGGGAACCGGCGGCCCACAUCCGGAGAGCGAGGAGGAGGAGGGUCGGGGAGAGAGAGGCACAAAGCCAGGCAACACCGGGUCUGUCGAUGUCCGCGCCCGGCCAAGCAGAACCCCCAGCCCAACUCUGUCACCGUGGUUUUACCGGACGAAGGAGAGGAGUGCCCCGUGUGCUCCCUGUGCCUGAGGGAGCGCACCACCACCACCGCCACGGAGGGGGAGGAGGCGGAGGACGAGGAGGCCCUGAAGGAGGACCACUCACAGGACCACCCGGAGGACCAGGCCCCGGUCCUCAAGAGGAGGCCCAGCUGCUUUGGACACUGCAGACGGAUCUGUGCCGACGUCAGGAGGAAGCUGUGGGGGAUCGUGGAGAGCAAGUACUUCAGCCGUGGAAUCAUGAUCGCCAUCUUGAUCAACACCAUCAGCAUGGGCAUCGAGCACCACAACCAGCCGGACGAACUGACCAACGUCCUGGAGAUCUGCAACAUCGUGUUCACCAGCAUGUUCACGCUGGAGAUGAUCCUGAAGCUCACGGCCUUCGGCUUCUUCGAGUAUCUGAGGAAUCCCUACAACAUCUUCGACGGCAUCAUCGUCAUCAUCAGGUUUGUGACAUUUUAA